ACUAGUUGUCAUGGAGACGGCGGAAGUAGCGACCCGGGUCUUGUCUAGCCGUGAACUCGAUGGCCGGAGAACCGGAUAUCCGGCUGGUGUGGAGCGGGGAUCUCCGGCGGUGCAGGGGCCCCAGACUGCAGGAUGUACGCUGUAUACCGCCAGGCCCAUCCCCCCACCGGACUGGAGUUUUCCAUGCACUGUAACUUCUUCUCUAAUGCGGAGAAGAACCUUGUGGUGUCCGGCACGACUCAGCUGUACGUGUAUCGUCUGAACCAUGACGCCGAGAGCUCCAGCAAAGGGGAGAAAGGAUCAGAUGGAAAGGGCCACAAGGAGAAGCUGGAGCUCAUGGCGUCCUUCUCUUUUUUCGGUAACGUCAUGUCUAUGGCGAGCGUUCAGCUUGCGGGAGCCAAGAGAGACGCCUUGUUACUCAGCUUCAAUGAUGCCAAGCUCUCUGUGGUGGAGUACGAUCCGGACACCCAUGACCUGAAGACAUUGUCCCUUCAUUACUUUGAGGAGCCGGAGCUGCGGGACGGUUUUGUGUAUAACGUUCACAUCCCCAAGGUGCGUGUGGACCCCAGCGGGCGCUGCGCGGUGAUGCUGAUAUACGGCACCAGGCUGGUUGUGUUACCCUUCCGGAGAGACACCCUGGCAGAGGAGCAUGAUGGGCAAAUGGCCGAGGGGCAGAAGUCCAGCUUCCUCCCCAGUUACAUCAUUGAUGUCCGUGAACUGGAUGAGAAGCUGCUGAACAUUAUAGACAUGCAAUUCCUGCACGGCUACUACGAGCCCACCCUGCUCAUCCUGUACGAGCCCAACCAGACCUGGCCCGGUCGGGUGGCGGUACGUCAGGACACCUGCAGUAUUGUCGCCAUCUCACUGAACAUCUUGCAGAAGGUUCAUCCGGUCAUCUGGUCACUGUCCAGCCUGCCCUAUGACUGCACCCAGGCCCUGGCGGUGCCCAAGCCUAUUGGAGGCGUUGUCAUCUUUGCCGUGAACUCACUGCUUUAUCUCAACCAGAGCGUUCCUCCGUAUGGAGUUUCCCUUAAUAGUCUGACAAAUGGGACGACCUCCUUCCCUCUAAAGCCUCAGGACGGCGUCCGGAUCUCUUUGGAUUGUUCUCAGGCAACGUUCAUUUCCUAUGACAAGAUGGUGAUUUCACUGAAGGGCGGUGAGAUCUACGUCCUAACUCUGAUCACAGACGGCAUGAGAAGUGUUCGCUCUCUUCACUUUGACAAGGCUGCAGCAAGUGUCCUGACUACAUCCAUGACCCUGAUGGACCCCGGAUAUCUGUUUCUGGGAUCACGUUUAGGGAACUCGCUGUUGCUGCGCUACACGGAAAAGGUCCAGGACAGCCCCUCCGGACCCAGCAAGGACCCUGAGAAGCCGGACGAGCCACCGAACAAGAAAAAGAGAGUGGACGUCUCUAUAUGCCGAGUGGGCAGUAAGGGGGUGAUGGUGGACGAGAUCGAUGAGAUUGAGGUUUACGGGAACGAGAUGCAGUCGGGCACUCAGCUCUCCACGUACUCAUUUGAAGUGAGUAGAGGCACAGAAUGA